UCGGACCUGACUGUCAGACAGGCGCGGUGGCUGCAAGUAGCCGCGGUCUCCACCUCGCGUCUCCCCCGUCCCGCCCAAGGCCGUCGCCUGUCGUCGCCCCGUAACUCCCGUCUCCGAAGCCGCCCCCUUCUCCAUGUUCCGGGGCAGCGCUGGUGGUCGUGGACGUCGCCGAGACCCGCUCGCCGGUCCCCCAUCAUGUCCGAACUGACCCAGGAGCUGAUGGAGCUGGUGUGGGGCACCCAGAGCAGCCCGGGCCUGUCCGACACCAUCUUCUGCCGCUGGACGCAAGGGUUUGUCUUCAGUGAUUCAGAGGCAUCUGCGCUGGAACAGUUCGAAGGUGGCCCCUGUGCAGUCAUUGCACCAGUUCAGGCCUUUCUUUUGAAGAAGCUCCUGUUUUCAUCAGAGAAGUCUUCAUGGAGGGAUUGCCCAGAGAAGGAGCGGAAGGAACUCCUUUGUCAUACGUUAUAUGACAUUUUAGAAAGUGCUUGUUGUGACAACUCUGGAUCCUACUGCUUGGUGUCAUGGCUCCGAGGAAAGACAGCUGAGGGAAGUGCCAGCGUUUCUGCGAGCCCCGCAGAGCCCAGCUGCCCAGCGGAACAUUCUCCUGCCUUGGCUGUCGAAGAGCUUGGCUUUGAGCGGUUUCAUGCAUUAAUUCAAAAGAGAACAUUCAGAAGUUUAUCAGAAUUAAAAGAUGCCGUAUUGGACCAAUAUUCAGUGUGGGGAAACAGAUUUGGAGUACUGCUUUUUCUGUACUCUGUCUUACUGACAAAGGGCAUUGAAAACAUCAAAAAUGAAAUCGAAGAUUCAAGUGAGCCCUUAAUAGAUCCUGUAUAUGGACAUGGCAGCCAAAGUCUAAUUAACCUCCUGCUGACGGGCCACGCUGUGUCUAACGUCUGGGAUGGUGAUCGAGAGUGCUCAGGAAUGAAACUUCUGGGUAUCCAUGAACAAGCAGCUGUAGGAUUCUUAACAUUGAUGGAAGCUUUAAGAUAUUGUAAAGUUGGUUCUUACUUGAAAUCUCCAAAAUACCCUAUUUGGAUUGUUGGCAGUGAAACUCACCUCACCGUAUUUUUUGCCAAGGAUAUGGCUUUAGUUGCCCCGGAGGCUCCUUCAGAACAAGCCAGGAGAGUGUUUCAAACCUAUGAUCCAGAAGAUAAUGGGUUCAUACCUGAUUCACUUCUAGAAGAUGUGAUGAAAGCAUUGGACUUGGUGUCAGAUCCUGAAUAUAUAAAUCUCAUGAAGAACAAAUUAGAUCCUGAAGGAUUGGGCAUCAUAUUAUUGGGGCCAUUUCUUCAAGAAUUUUUUCCUGAUCAGGGUUCCAAGGGUCCAGAGUCAUUCACCGUCUUCCACUACAAUGGACUGAAGCAGUCCAAUUACAACGAAAAGGUCAUGUAUGUGGAGGGGACCGCAGUGGUUCUAGGUUUCGAAGAUCCCAUGCUACAGACAGAUGACACCCCUAUUAAACGCUGUCUCCAGACCAAAUGGCCCUACAUUGAAUUGCUCUGGACCACAGAACGUUCUCCCUCCCUCAACUGAUGUGCCCAGCUAGUGCCAACAAAGAUUGGGAGCAUAGGUGCUGAAGUAGGGGUGCAAGACUAGCAUUGGCUCAACUUCAGUUCUACACUGGUAUCACUGACUAACUGUAAAUAAAAACUCAAAACACACUUUCCGUGUUUAAGAUGUUUAAAUUCUUUCUUUGAAAGCUUUAUGUUCAAAGUUACCCUCUUUAACUAUGUGAAAUUUACUAGCCAAAUUAAGGUUGACUCAAAUGUUUGUUCAUUUUAUAGCCAAUUGGUCACUUAUCAAAUUAUAAGCAUAGGGUGAUAGCAUUUGUAUAUUGAGAAUUAGAACUAUUUAUAAACUGCUUUGGGUUUUAAUUCAUUCAGCCACUUUUUAUUGUCAAAGUGAUUCUGUCUUGCAAAAAUAUCAACCUCCACAAUGAAUUUCAGACAUUAAUUUUGGGGACUUGGGGUUUUUUUUUCCUGAAAUGUUUCAUUAUCAACCUGGAUUCUUUAUAAUUGGCUUAGCUCCAGCAUGUCUACAAAAGUAGAAGCUCUAAGGAAACAUUAACAUUUAUUCAGAUAUGAGGGUGUAUUUUUAAAAAAAUGUAAUCAGGAAGAAUCUCUGCUUGUCUUAACACUGUUACCUUUAGCUAUAUCACCGAGUUUGUACCCACGACCCUGGAAGCCAGCUUUCUUGUAUAUUUAUAAAUGUGAUAAAUGCAUGGAGACAUCUGUUAUUACAUUAGUAUAUUGCAUUAUUUAUUAUUAUGACCCAAGUGAUGGCCUAAAUAAACUUUAUCUGUA